GGGAGGAUAACAGGCUCUGUAGGAGAGGACAGCAAACACUCAGAGAGAGGGACCGAAGCAGACACCAUGGAGCUGUACCUGGACCUGCGCUCUCAGCCAUGCAGAUCCGUCUUCAUGUUCGCCCGAGCGGCUGGGAUCCCCUUCGAGUUCAAGCUCAUCGACCUGGCUGCAGGUCAGCAGUACAGCGAGGAGUUUGGGAAGAUCAGCUCUGUGAAGAAGGUUCCGGUCAUGAAGGAUGGAGACUUCAUUCUGACUGAGAGCAUUGCGAUCCUGAAGUACCUGGCUCAGAAACACUCAGUGGCAGAUCACUGGUAUCCGGCCGACCUGCAGCAGAGAGCUCGGGUUAAUGAGUACCUGUCCUGGCAGCACAUGAACACCAGAGCUCAUGGGUCCAAGGUCUUCCUGAUGAAGAUCAUGUACCCUGUGGUCAUGGACUCAGACGCCCCAAAGGACAAGAUGGACGCUGCCAUGGAGGAUCUGAACCAGUCCCUGAACACACUGGAGGGGAUGUUCCUGCAGAACAAACCGUUCAUCCUCGGAGACAAAAUCUCUCUGGCUGAUCUGGUGGCGAUCGUGGAGAUCAUGCAGCCCGUUGGAGCCGGCAUGGACGUGUUUGUGAGCCGACCGAAGCUGGCGGCGUGGAGAGAUCGGGUGAAGAAGACGGUCGGAGAGAAGCUGUUCGAUGAAGCUCAUGAGACGAUCAUGAAAGUCCAAAGUCUGCCGGAACAGAUGAAGGGCAACCCGCAUCUGGAGAUGAUGAAGCCCAGGUUUCGUAAGAUGUUAAGCUGAAGGCUUUAAUAAACCUUCAUCGGGAAUCAUCUCCGUAAUUACUCAACUAUCAGAGCAUCUUUAACUACUUCCAGCGUUAUAAAAGAACCUUUAAUCAGCUGUGCAGCUUCAGUGUGUCUGUCUUUAUAGGAAACCACAGGGCUGCUGUUCUCAGUCUGUUCCUGCAGAAAUAAAACAUGUCAUAACAACAAAAUCAGGAUUUUCAUGCAAAAUAAAACCAACAUAAAUGUAAAAAUCAGUUAUCUGACUGUGAAUCGUUUCUUAUGGAUUUUUAAAACCUGAAAAUAAAGUAGAAAUUAAGUUAAA